AUGUCUGAUUGGUCCCAUGGGGCUGAAAAGUGCUGUAUUAGAUGGAAAUCUGCUUUGGCCAACUUCUUUGGCCAAGGAACACAGGAGCUGGAGGCUCCAGCCAUAACUGCACUGCAGGAGAUGAGGAAAUGGACCCACAACCCACAUGCCAACUGCAAAUCCACAAUGGAAUCAGUUAUAUUGCAUUCUGGCCUGGGUCUUGAAAUCCUCUGGAUUGCCAACCCACAAGUUGAUCAAGUCUUACCUCCCAGGAUUGAGACUGGAUGGUCUACAAGUGCAAACACCCAGGAAUUUCUGCAACUCCUGUCCCAGCAUCUAUUUGCAUUUUCAUCUGAGAGAUGCUUCCUGGCUGAAGCUGUUAGAUGGAUGUUACUAACCCUGGCUGCCAAGGCACCAUCUGUGACAUGGAUAUACAAGGCCUCAUUGAACCAGCUAUUCUGCUUGAUCUGUGGUUUCUCCAAUGCCAAUCUGGAUGCCCUUUAUCUGGAUGAAGAACUGCUUUUAGUUCUGAAGUCAUCUGCCAAGCUAAGGGGCCUACACAAAGAAUUGGCCAAAGGUUUUCAUGAGAAGUUCCACAAAAAUGGUGUGGCUGUUCAUACCGACUAUAUUCCUCUAAUGGACUUAGGGUUGAGAAAGAUUUCUCGCUGUGCAGAUAUUCUAGCAUGCUGUGGUCAGGAUGUCACCCUGUUGGUUGAUGCCAGCUCACCCAAUACUGUGUUGGUGGGAGUUUCCUUUGACACAUUUUCUUAUGAGGACCUUCAGAAGAUCCAUUAUGAAUCCUCUGCUGGAAAGGAAACCAAAGCCAUCAAAUGGGGUAGCCAGUUCUGCUGA